AUGGCAAGGCAACUAAACGAGAAGGAGACCAAAACAGUCAAAUUGAUAGAAAGGAUACUUGCUGACGAAAUGAGGGCGAAACCAGAGGUAUCUGGGAUGCUGGGCGAUCUACAGCUGAAGCCGUACACCGUGGGGGACAAGUCGGUGCAGAUUCUGGUUGUGAGUGUGAAGGAGGAUUUGUUGAGGUUUUUGAGAAAGAAUUAUAGGGAGUUUUUGACUGCGAUGAAGAAGGAGUUUCCAGGAAUGGUCAUUCUGGCAACACGAAAUGAAAAGGCACCUGAGAAGAAGGGUCUGGCACUGAACAGGAAGAGGGAGGCGUUGCUGAACGACCUGUGCUUUCCAGCAGUGGUCAUGGGACGUAGCCAGGAGGUAGAGUCGCGAACUGAGGUCGUGCAGAACGUCUAUUUGGACGCAAAGCAGAGCUACUGGAGCGAUAACGAGAUGAAGGCGAUUCAGUGUCUGGCUGCCCAGAUACUGAAGGACAAGUUUGAGUUCAAGCUAUUUGCUACGGAAUGA